CAAGAAAAAUGUGACUGUGAUUUAUCUAAAGUACCACAUAAAGGAAAUCGGACAGAUGCCGUCAAAUAUGCGUUUACACAAGUGUUUGAUCCAAACUGGAUAAAAGAGAAAGUAGAAUUUGUCCACCAAAAAAUCAAACAAUAUAAUUAUUUAUUGGGUUCAAAGGAGGCUUUCGAUUUUACUUUAUGCUCUCGAUGCAAUAGUGUUUUAUUAAGGUUAUCUUCAAAAGCAAAAAAGCUUAAAGCAACGUUGAAUUCUAUAUUUGCAAAUAACGAUAACUCUUCAGAAGUAGAAACAUGUGAUCUUACUACUCUAUCAAGUGAUAUAUCUGAAUCUGAAGAAAAACUUGAUCAGAAAUCCGAUAAAAAAAAAAAUAGAAAAGAAUAUGAAGAUCAUGAUGAUGAAGAGCUUUUAUCAGAUGAGGAAGUUGAAUAUGAAUAUACAUAUGGUAUUUUUAUCAAAUUGGAAAAUGGAGUGUCUCUUCCAGCAAAAUGGUAUACAGCUAAAGUAUCUACAGUUGAUGAGUUAGUUUCAGAAAUUCAUAUAAAUAUUGAAACUUUAAUUGGAAAAAGGCCAAUUGAUCCAAAUAAUUACCGUAUUGUAUUUAAAUCCAAAAAGGCAGCUGGAGCAGGUACUCAACUAGUUGAUACUCAAGACUUCAAAAAAUUUCAAUCAGAUUACCAGAAAUAUAGAUCCAAAAAUAUCAAUAUGGCCUUCUUUAUAACGUUUGUUAGCUCAAGUUUAAAACGAAAAGAUCUUGAAUCUGAUAAUAAUUCAGAUGAUGACUUUAUUGCAAAUUUGAAAACCAAAAACUCUAUUCCUAAAACUUUGAAUCCUUCUUCAAUUGAAUCAUCAAUUGCGAAAAAUGUUUUAGAAAUUCGAACCAAAAAUCAUUGUAUAAUUUAUAAUAGACCAUGUUUAAAUAAGGAUGGUGCUAAAGAAAAUUAUAAUAAAGCAAUGGCAUCACCAACAGAACCACCUACACACCCUUUAUUUGCAUAUAAAUAUUUAAGAAAAGCGAAAAUAUCAUCACAAUUGCAAUCUAGUUCUAUGCAGUUCGAUCAAUUUCAACCAUCUAGCUCUAUGCAGUUUGAUCAAAUUCAACCAUCUAGUUCUACACAAUUUAAUCAAAUUCAACCCUCUAAUUCAGUACAACAACUUAAUUCAAUAGAACAACCAAAUUUAAUACAGCAAUAUAAUUUAAUGCAACGAUCUAAUUUGAUGCAACAAUCUAAUUUAUCACAACAAUUUAAUUUAAUUCAACAGCCUAAUUCAAUACAACAACCUAAUCUAUUACAACAAUUUAAUCUAUUACAACAAUCUAAUUUAAUGCAGCAAGCUAAUUCAAUACAACAAGCAAACUUAAUUCAAUAUUCUAAUUUAAUGCAGCAACCUAAUUUUAUUUAG